GUCGCCCCAGAGUCAAAAGUGCUCUCUCGUCUCUACCUCCACCACCACCCGGAGACCUCCCUCUGUCCCCUCUUUACUCCAGGCUGGCCCUUUCCCUUCACAUAAUACAGCGCAGGACGUCAUCUCUCUGCUUAGAUUCUCUCGCAACAAUACUUCCAGACUAGACGCAGGCCCUCCCAUCCUAUCCGGACCACUACCACCAUGUCCAACCGUUCCUCUGCCCUGGACUUUCAAGAUCGCAACCCGUUUAAAGACCAGAACCCGUUUGAGAAUUCCUCUGACUUCGCUCAUGAUGGCAGGGCGAUGAAGGCUCCCCUUCAGCGCAACAAAACGGAGCGCACCCGACUGCAGGGUAUCCAGCGCGUUGCCUCUAAUGUCAGCGGCAAUGGUGUUCCCUUCCAACCGACCGCCCCGAAUACGUGGAAGAAGAAGUUCGACGUCUGGAUGAUCAACGAGGGUGGCAAACGCCUCUUCUUCUUCACCUGGAUAUUCUUUCACUGCCUGGUCAUCGCUUUCGGGUUCAUGAACUAUGACCUCAGCGAUGACCUUACCACUGCAAGGGCAACUUUUGGUAUAACGUAUCCUAUCGCUCGUGGAGCUGCAUUAGUUCUCCAUACUGAUGUCAUCUUCAUCCUUUUGCCCGUUUGCCGGAACUUCAUCUCUCUCAUGCGUCGCACCCCUCUGAACCACUUCAUUCCCUUCGACAAGAAUAUCACGUUCCACAAGGCAACCGCCUGGUCUAUGGUUGUCUUCACGGUCAUCCACAUCGCCGCGCAUAUGGUCAACUUCUACAAGCUUGCCCUCGCAGACCCCAAUGCGACCACCCCGGCCAAGCGUUUUGUCGUAUGGCUUGAAGCCAACUUCACCACAGGACCCGGUGUUACUGGCUGGGUCAUGACAGCGGCACUCUUCACCAUGGUUUACUACGCCUCCGAAAAGAACCGUCGCAGCCGCUUUGAAACGUUCUGGUACACACAUCACCUUUUCAUCGUCUACUUCCUCGGCUGGCAGCUGCACGGAAUGUGGUGCAUGAUCCAGCCGGAUCGCGAGCCAUUCUGCUCUUUCAACUCGAUCGGUGUCUUCUGGCGAUACUGGCUCAUCGGCGGUCUUAUCUGGAGUUACGAGCGCAUCCUGCGUGAGGUCCGCUCGAGGCACAGGACGUAUAUCUCCAAGGUCAUCCAGCACCCGUCCAAGGUUGUCGAACUGCAGAUCAAGAAGGAGAAGACCAAGACCCGCGCUGGCCAGUACAUCUUCAUCAACUGCCCCGAGAUUUCCUACUUCCAAUGGCACCCCUUCACCCUCACAAGCGCCCCAGAGGAAGAUUACAUUUCGGUGCAUAUCCGUGUCGCUGGUGACUUCACUACUGCUCUCGCCAAGGCUGUAGGAUGCGACUUUGAUUCGAAGGAGAAGGUGAAGGAAGUGGACGAAGCUGGUGGUGUCGUCCUUGGAACUAACUCGAACCCGCCACUCAACCGGGUUCUUCCUCGGGUCAUGGUUGACGGUCCUUUCGGUAGUGCAUCCGAAGACUUCUUGAACUACGAGACUGUUCUUCUCGUUGGUGCUGGUAUCGGUGUCACUCCCUUCGCCUCUAUCCUGAAGUCCGUUUGGUACCGCAUGAACAACAUGAACAACUCGAAGCCUACUCGUCUCUCCAAGGUCUACUUCACCUGGGUCAUCCGUGAUUUCGGCUCUGCAGAGUGGUUCCACUCGCUCCUCGCUGCCAUCGAAGAGCAGGACUUGCAGAACCGUAUCGAGAUCAACAUCUACCUCACUGCGAAAAUCAAGGAGGACGACAUGAACAACAUCAUCGUGUCCGACGUCGGUGCCGAGAAGGAUGCAAUCACUUCACUCCGUGCGCCGACUCACUUUGGACGUCCCAACUGGGACAGAGUGUUUGGGUCAAUGGUCGACAAACACCCGGAUACGGAUAUUGGUGUGUUCUUCUGCGGUCCUCCAGCGCUCUCCAAGCAGCUGCAUAUCAUGUCCAACAAGUACUCCACUCCCGAGGGCACCCGUUUCUUCUUUGGGAAGGAGAACUUUUAAAUGCUUCAUGUUUGGAAAACAGUUCGCGGUUUUCGGCUUUCUUUUCGGUUCUUGGUUUCGGUUUCGGGCCGCCCGUUGCCUGGCCGGCGGUUGUCAAGUGUCAAGGAUGGUUGCAUUGCUCUCUGUACACUCGCUUGCUUGCUCAUCUUCGAGCUUUGCUUUGCUUAUUGUCAUCUUCUCACAUACUCCAGACGUGUAUAUACAAGUGCGCUUGCGUACGUACGGGUACAUCUGGGUCGAGUCAUGUGCGUCUGUGCCGCUGUAACUUUUAUCUAACCUACAUCGUUGUUGAAUGCAGAGCGUUCACCUUAUGGACGACCCGGCGCCCUCGCUCAUUACAACUAUAUAGGUUACUACCUUGCUACACCCGUCUCGCUGCAUGUUCUGGACACUCAUUUCCUGUGAAUCGGCUCGCCGUGACACGGAUGUAAUUUAUUCCUGAUCUCGUCUCCAUCGUCUUAUGUAUAUACCAUGGCAACAUUGUUCUUUUAUUUGACUGGC